ACGCAUCCUCUGUGCAGUGGUCUAAGCAACAUCUCUCCUGGUCGCAGUCCGACAGCGCAGCAAAGGGGCGAGCGUUUAUCCAAUUCGAAACUGUUGGUGCGUGACGACCGUGAUGUGGAUUUACAAGCUCGUUUUCGGACUCUUCCUCGUCUCCUGCUCCGAGGGCAGAAGAAAUGCACUCCAGGACUACCAGAAAACUGAUGGCGUCCAACUGGUUGUCACGUCUCCUGAUUCCUCCCACCUCACCAAAAGCAGGAAGCUGAGCUUGUCCAGGUGUGCCAAAUCCUGCAGCCGCAGCAGAAGACUCCCCUUCGCCUGCAGAGCGUUCGUCUAUGAUCAUAAAAACAGGAAAUGCCAGUGGCUGUCAUUCGACAGGAACUCACCAGGAACUCAGAUCCACCAGAACAUCAACUACCAACUCUAUCAAAAGAAAGACUAUGUGAGAGAGUGCAUUGUGGGAACAGGUCAGAGUUACAGGGGUCGGAGGUCGGUGACAGUGAGCGGGAUCCUUUGCCAGGCCUGGGCUUCUCCCAUUCCUCAUGAACACAAAUUCAUGUCUAAGAGGUUCAGGAAGAAGGACCUAAGAGAAAACUACUGUCGCAACCCAGACAACUCCACCGUUGGCCCAUGGUGCUUCACCACUGACCCACGGCCCCACCUGAGACACCAGGAGUGUGGCAUACCACAGUGUUCACAGGUUGAGUGUAUGAACUGCAAUGGUGAGGAUUACAGAGGACCUAUGGACCACACAGAAAGUGGAAAGGAAUGCCAGCGGUGGGACCUGGACGAACCACAUAAACACCUGUACCACCCCAGGAGGUACCCCGACAAGGGCCUGGAUGAUAACUACUGCAGGAACCCAGAUGGACGCCACAGACCCUGGUGCUUUACCACAGACCCAAACACGUCCUGGGAGUACUGCAACAUCAAAGUGUGCGAAACACCUCAGAAAAGCAAUGUGCUGGAAACAACCGAGUGUUACCAGGGGAGAGGAGAGGGCUAUAGGGGGACAGUAGAUGUGACGCCCACAGGACUCACCUGCCAACGCUGGGACUCGCAGUAUCCCCAUAACCACACAUUCACACCUCAAGCCUACCCCUGCAAGGACCUGAGAGAGAACUAUUGUCGGAAUCCAGAUGGUCAAGAAUUCCCCUGGUGUUUUACUACAGACCCAAGAGUCCGUACAAUUUUCUGCACCAAUAUCCCUCAGUGCGGCACCCAAAACAAGCCUGUCAGCGACUGCUAUGAAAGCUUUGGUGAGAAUUACCAAGGACAGCAGUCAAGGACUAGAUCAAACCUGCCCUGCGCUCCCUGGAGAGACCACAGCAACAGUGGCGAGAGGGGCAUGCUGACGGCCAGCCUGGAGGGAAACUACUGCAGAAAUCCUGAUAAAGACAAACAUGGUCCUUGGUGUCACACCAACAAUUCUGCAAUACUCUGGGACUACUGCAACGUAAAGCCAUGUGAUACUUCACUGAACACCAUUCCUUUGGGUGGACUGUCCUCUGUGAGCUGUUUUAUCCAUAAAAGACCCAGGAUUGUGGGAGGAGGUCGGGUGGGAAUAUCAGACGGCAGCUGGAUGGUCAGCAUACAGAGAGGAUCAGUGCAUUGGUGUGGCGGUUCCCUAAUACGAGAAGAGUGGGUGCUUACCGACAGGCAGUGCUUCUCCUCAUGUGUUCCAGACCUCAGUGAGUAUCGGGUGUGGCUGGGAGUCUCUGAUAUUCGAGAGGACGCUCCUGACUGGUCCAAGAGACAGGAAGUCAGCAUUGCUCAUGUGAUUUGUGGCCCUGAGGGCUCCAGUUUAGCCCUCUUAAAGCUCUCUAAGCCUGCCUCUCCUGCAGACAACGUCCAUACAAUUCAGCUGCCUGUCGCUGGGUGCUCCAUCCCAGAGGACACAAUAUGUAAAAUGUAUGGCUGGGGAGAGACCAAAGGUACUGGUCAUGAUGAUGUCCUGAAGUCAGUGGAUCUGCCCAUUGUGAGCAGUGGCAGGUGUAGAGAGAUGCACAGAGGCAACCUCCACAUCACCAACACCAAGAUCUGUGCAGGCGGGAGAAAGAAUGAAGGAGUGUGUGAGAGGGAUUAUGGCGGCCCUCUUGUGUGUCAGGAUGGUGAGAUCAGGGUUAUUGUCGGCGUGAGCGUCCCUGGCAGAGGCUGUGCUCGAGCCAACCAACCCGGCAUCUUCAUUAAUGUGCCCUUCUACACACAGUGGAUCUACAAAGUCUUCAAAUAUUACCCCAACCCUCAGAUUGUUUAGCGACUUAACAGAAUAAAUCACAAUCAGGGGACUACAUCAAAUCAAGAGCCUGUACUUCUGAACUUCAGCAGUGCACUCAGGACAUCUGGUUCCUGACUUUUACAUACUUACAUGGAAAGUGAUCUGCAGAUGCAUGUACACUAUGAUGUAAGAUUUCAUUAACGAAUACUGUACUGAUUCUAAGAGUCAAUGACAGCGAAUAUGAGGCCUAAAAGUUGAUAUUGUUCAUAUCUUAAGACAUACAGAAGGAAAUGAAUUGCUAGAGCAGCUAACAAGUAAAGAAGGGACCCAAUAAAAGUUGAAUUUUACUGAAACAUUUUACUUUGAUUCAGUUGGGAGCAGACCAGGCAAACAAAUAUUUGGUUUUCAUCCAUUUCACAAUUUUCUUUUUGGUGGCAAAUCCACCAGAGUCGUAUGUGUGUAUGUGAAUUCUCUCGAUUCCUGGCAUUACUUGAAUGUUUUGAACACCAAAUGCAGUGGCUCUGCAGCUCCCUCUGUAGAGUACAUUAAUGGGCCACUUAGAAAACUAUCCAGUGGUAGGGCAACGCUAAGGGCACUCUUGCCAAGCUCCAAGCAUCUCAAGGGGCUUAGAUAAAGUGGUCCUUACUGUACAUAGUAUUUUAAUGAGUGUAUUUGUGGCACUCUAAAUGUAAUUUGGGUCUUAUAGAUCUAUGACAGGAGAACGUGAAUGUUGGCAGGAAAAUGAUAUAAAGUGUACUAUCGGCGUGUUUCAGCCUUCAGUCAAAGUCAAACGUACGGAAACACCUAAUAAACUCCAUUACCAGUAUUGUAAUGUUCCAACAAUAUCACUGACUGUAUAUAUGAGGAUGCUCUUUGCUUUCUGUGUAGAUAAAACGAAUGUACGGUUACCCAGCCUUGAUAGGAUUUGAAAUGGAAAACAAAAAAUAUAGCAUUCAUGUGUACACACAAGCUCUUUCUAUACAAAAUCUAUUUCCUUAAUGUUAAGCCUAAAUUAAAUGUGGGCGGGUCUGUUUUUAUAUGGUUUUCCGCAGCAGUGUCUGUAUGCAUAAAGAAAACUGCAGAGGGGGAGAGUGUGUGUGUCUCUGUGUGUGUGAGUGUACGUGAGCUGGUGCAUGUUUGAGCCAGUGCUGAAUGAAUUAUCCCCUCACUCAGACCUUGGCAGACCCCCAAUUCCAUUCCACUCUGGAUAUUAGUGUCACAAAGUCUGUUGCUUCAAACUUCGUGGAUGGGAUGGGCUUUGUAACUGAAUUGUCUGUAAUGGGCUUCACUGUGAUGACUGAAUGGCCCUUGAAACAUAUUAACACACCUCCUUUGCCAGUGUAAAUGAUCGAGAUGGCUUUUUAUCAUAACUAUAUUACGUAUGUACAUACGAGAGUGAGAAAAUGGUGUGUGUGGACGUGUGCGCACUGAAAGAUGCUGCAAGCUGCUAUAUUCUACAGGUUGUACAGUACUGCCUUAUGUUUUUCUGUAUAAUGUACAUUCACUAUAAAGUUAAUCUUAUCCAAUAUACAAGAUGUUAAACCCAAUUUCAGCAAUUAUUUGAAAUGCUUUAUGAUGUUUGUCAGUAUAUUAAAUGUUUUUUUUUCAA